AUGGCCGCCGGAGCAGCCAGCAGCGACGGACUACUUCGGGCCGUGUUCGACGGGUGCAUCUCCCACGACGCCGGCAUCAAACGCCGCCCCUACCACCGUAACUGCAGCUGCGCGCUUCAUAAAUUGCGCGGCCAUUGCUCACAUCUCUCCGGGAAUAAGAACGCCGUCUCGUACCCUAUCCGACGCUCUUGGAGCGAGGGCUGCCUCGCUUUAGCCGCCGCCGCCAACGCUUCGCCGUGUUCUUCCCCUUUAGCCACCGCCGAGAAUAUGGCGGGGAUGAGAAGCAAUAAUAGUUGUCCCGUUUUCUCCAUCGGCGAUGAGGAUGUCAGUUCCAGUGAUUAA